AUGGCCGACCAGGAACACGAAAAUGCAAGUGAGAGCAGUAAAAGUGAUAAAAGUGAGGAUUACGACCCCCGUUUGGACUUUUUUAGUGACAGAUUCGAUCCCUUGUUGGCUUUGGCUAAACGAAACCUAAAAGCUCCCGAUAUUUCUGCCAAGAAAUAUGAUAAUUUAGCAUUUUAUGAGUCGGCCGCGAAUAAAGAGAAAAAUCCACAACAGGGGCAACAGAGCAGUAAGAAAAAACAAGCGAUGGAUGUAGAAGUGAGGAGGAAAUGGUUGCCACAUCAGAUGCCAAUAAGAGCAGAAGCUGCUGUCCCGAGAAAGACCGUCUUCUCAAGAAUGGAAACGAUGAAGGGCCCAUUGGCCCUUCUGAGAACAUGUAGAGACGAAAGGUUGCAAAUUAAGGUAUUUACCAGAAAUCAAAAAGGAAUCCGUGGUUACUGCAUAGGUUACUUGGCAGCAUUUGACAAGCACUGGAAUCUGGCCUUAGAAGAAGUGUUCGAAUUCUGGACGCGACCAAAGAAACGGAAAGUUCCCGCACUUGAUAGUGCAGAAAUGAUGGAGGAACCCCGAAAACGUGUCAGACCACCUAGAAUUAAAAUAACCCCUCACGAGACAGACAAAAAGCUAGAAAACUGCACGAGAAAUGUUGGGCAGUUCUUGAUGAAGGGUGAACACGUAGCUCUUAUAAGUGUGGUUAGAGAUUCGAGCAACAAGGGAUAAGGUCGGUCUAAAGCGUCUAAAUUAUGGCAAUAGGGAGACGAUUUCAAAACUAAAAGAGAAGCCUAUACGAAAAGGUUACAGAAAUUAAGGCAGAACCAAGAAGAGAAUGAAUUUAUUAAAUUAAUUUGUAGGAAUAAACGAA